UUUCUGUUGCUGGAGGUAUGUCCGGGUCUUCACAUCACCCACGUCACUGGAAACUCCUGGAGCCUUAGCUGGAUUGUAAAUACAACAUGGUGCUGUGUGAGACAUGGUCCUGAGGGGAGAAGCCGGUGCUGUGAGCUUGAAGGUAAGACCUGCAGCAUGGAGAAGCUAGGGAUGAAUUUUGGUGGUGGCCCCAGUAAGAAGGAGUUACAAGACACGGUUGAGGCACAGCGCAAACAACUGCAGCAGUACCAGACACGGCUGAAAGAUGUAGUGAGGGCAUACAAAAGCCUGCUUAAGGAGAAGGAAGCUCUUGAGGCCAGUCUGCAUGUUCUGUCAGCAGCUGAUGAGCCUCACGCUAGUCCACCAGAAGCUGAAGAGCCUCAUGAUGACCAACACUCUACACACAGUGAGGACAGCGUGGAAACCGCAGGAAGUCUGCCGAGCGCACGUGGUGGGGAGACCAGUGAGGAUGAGCGGGCAGAUCCUGCACUGCGCAGAGGUGGGGGGGGAGCAGAGGAAGCCAGCGGCUCUGAGAGUGGUGUCAGCACAGCUAGUGGAGAAGGUGGUCCGUUUGCACCUGGGGAAACUGAUAGAAGAAUGGUGCAACUGAAGAACCAGCUGGCUACACUGACCAGCGCCCUUGCAACUGUAACACAGGAGAAGUCUCGCAUGGAGGCGUCUUACCAGGCAGAUAAACGUAAGGCUAAACAAGAGCUGGAUGCGUUGUUGCAGAGUAUGGAUGAGGAACGCAGCACUAUGCAAGCAGAGCUGCAGAGCCUUCAGGAACAGUUGUCAGAGACCAAGGCUCGACUGAUCAGCCAACAGCAUGACCGGGAGCAGGAGCAGACAGACCACGCAGUAAUGCUAAGGGAGCUCCAGCGCCUUCUACAGGGAGAGCGAGACCAGAGACAAGAAACGGAGCUGCGUCUGGAGGAGGCCAGACAAGAGCUGGCCGGGAGAUCUGAGCUAGUAGGAAGAGCAGGAGCAGCAGAGGAGCAGAGCAAGCGGCUCCGCAAGGAACUUGAGGAACUGAGGAAGGAAGCUCAGGAAGUCCGGAAGCAGAAAGAGGAACCUGACCCAGAAGUGCAAGAACUUCGUGACCAAUUAAGUAGAGUCAAAGAGGAGAUGGAGAAGAACCUGCAGGAGGAGAGGAGAAAGAAACUAGAGGAGGAACAUCAGGCUCAACAGCGCUUCUUGCUGGAGGAGCAGAGAUUACGCUCACUUGAGUCCCAGGUGUCGGAGAUGUCUGCACUCCUGGGAGCCGCUGAGACAUCAAAACAGAGGGACCAACUGAUUAUUCGCAAGUUUCGUGAUCGCCUGACUCAACUGGAAACUGAGAACAAGACCUUGGCAAUGGCUGCAUCUCUGCAUUCUCCUCCUGAGGUUGUUCCUUCACAAGCAGCACCAGACAGUGGUGUAGAAGGAGUGGAGCCACAUGCCUCUGCUCUGCAUUACCAGCAGGAGCUGCAGCAACUGAAGGAGGAGUAUGAGCGCUACAAGGCACGAGCACAGGGUGUAUUGAGGACCAAGGGGACAAGGGAAGGAGAGCUAGAGGCUGGUAAGAAGCAAAUGGCAGAGCUGAAAGAGAAGUAUGUUACACUACGGUUAUUGACAGAAGAGGCAGAGAGCAAGCACAGAGCAGAGAUGGAGGCUGUCCGCAAAGAACUUUACCUUCUCACUCAGACUCACAGACAGGAGCUGGAGGCUGUUAGAAAGGAGAGUCGGGAGACCAUAGCGCGAAUGGAGGACGAAAGCCGGCAACACAGGGAACGGGUACUUGCUGUGCUGGCUGAGAAGGAAUUAGAAUUGGAGAGGUUGAGAGAAGCCAAGAUCCCAACAGUUGUCCCUCUUCCGGAUCCACUGGGCAAUGGCCUAGAGCUGCCACAGAGCGACUCUCCUGCUUUCCUUGUUUAUGUGGAACAGCUGUCCCGGAAGGAGGCAGAAAUUGGGGGUUUACGGCGCAGAAAGCAUGAGCUGGAGGCAGAGUUGCAAAAGGCACAGGAAAGGCUUGUAGAGCAGCGAGAGGAGGUGCAGAGCUUGCAGCAGCAGGUGGAAAAGGCUUUACGGGACCGGAGCAGGGAGGGAGCCAACAUGGAGUACUUGAAGAAUGUGCUGUUGGGAUACUUGACCUUGCCUGACCCCUGUGGGCGGCAGCACACUUUGAGCGCACUGCUGACUGUUUUGCAUUUCUCCCCUGAGGAGCGGAGUGCAGCUCUUCAUGCACAGGAUGGGGCUAAGUGGUGGACAGGAGGCAAGAGAUGAUGAGGGACAAGGGGCCUCUAGUUAUUGUCCCCACAGCUUCUGUCAUUUUAAACAACUGUAGUUUUCAGGCCAUUCUGUGUAGUUAAGUUGCAUUAUUCUAAGGGUCACAGACGGUUUAUAAAUAUACGGAUGGACCUCUGGGUGUGACACUAUCUACAUCAGGCUCUGUAAGAUUAAUGUUCAGGUGAAAUUGUCAGUGGUGUAAACUGAGCGCUCUGCAAGGGCUGAGGACACCCUGUAGCCAUUAUGGGAGGCUUUUAUGGUUUAAUAAAACUCAUUGGUGAAGUCUAGAGGUGGUUACUGCGAUGCUCUGCAAGUCUUAAGGACCAUUAAAUACAGUAGGGUGGAAUAAUCAACAAGUGCACAAUAAAAAGACAAUGCAAUUGCACUUUUUUAAAGGA